AUGUCGUUCCCAGCUCCAACCCGCCCGCGGCGUGGCGUGGUCUGCGUCGCCGCCUUCUUCAUCCUCACCACAAUCUUCCUGGCGGCAGCCCGCCUCGCCUCUCUAGACCUCACAUCAGCCAUCCGCCGCCGGCCCGCCGCGAAGACAGCAUCCGAGCCCUCACCAGCCGAUGCGCCCAUGUCCUACGGCGAGACCGCUCGCCCAGGCUUCACCGACCUCUCCGUCCACAUCGCCAACCUCCCGGAGCGUCACCUCCCUUCCCGCGAGAACCCGAGCCGCAGGCUCAUCGUCGUUGGCGAUGUCCACGGCAUGCGCGUUUCCCUCGACAGGCUGCUUGAGGAGCUACACUUUGACAAGUCCCGCGGCGACCACCUCGUCCUUGCCGGCGACAUGAUCAAUAAGGGCCCCGACUCCCGCGGCGUCCUCGACCUGGCCAUGCGCCUCGGCGCCUCCGCCGUGCGUGGAAACCACGAGGACCGCGUGCUGCUCGCGCACCAGAACAUGAAGACCACCUACGUUACCGACUCGGACGCUCACGGCAAUCCCGUCACCGAGAGAGAGGAGGAGGGGCAACCCAAGGCCGAGGAGAACAAGGAGGAGGAAAAGAAGCCUGAAGAAUCCCCCACCAACAACGACGAAGCCUCCCUAGAAGAGACCGAGCAAGACGACCUCGAGCCCUCAAUCUUCCCCCACGGCGACUCCAAAGAACGCGCUACCGCCCGCUCCCUCACCCGCAAACAACUAAAGUGGCUCUCCACACUCCCCGUAAUCCUCGACGUCGGCGCCGUACAAUCCAUCGGCGGCAACCUCGUCGUCGUCCACGCAGGCCUCGUCCCAGGCCUCUCCCUGAAGCACCAAGACCCCUGGGCCGUCAUGAACAUGCGCGGCCUCGUCUACCCGCGCGAGGAGCUCCGCCGUCAAGAAGCCCACCGCGCCCUCGAAGACUACCGCAGGACCCACACCGCCGCCCCCGGCGUCACCGAGACCAUGAUCCAGCGCGAGCACGAGCGCCGGCGCAAACCCCACGACCGCAAGAUCGCCAUCCCCACCGACCGCCGCGACGGCUCCAGCAGCUGGCCCAAGGCGUGGAACGCCCACCAGAAGGCGCUGCCCGAGAAGGAGCCCCGCACCGCCGUCGCCUACGGCCACGAUUCGAAGCGCGGUCUGCAGAUUGACAAGUUUACCUUUGGUCUCGACUCGGGCUGCGUCAACGGCGGGGAACUGACUGCUCUCGUUAUCGAGGCGUCCGCCGACGGCGGCGUCACGCAUACCAUCAAGAGCACAAAGUGCAACAAGGACGAGGGGCGGAAAGACAAGAAGAGGAACAAGAAGCAUAAGAAGAGCAAGAAGGGAAAGAAGAGCAGCGAGGAGGUGGAUGAGGCCAAGUCAUAG